CUUAUAACGAGCGCAUAUAUUCAAGCUGGAGUGAAAUAGCUCGCCGAGUAGCAGGUAUGUCUCUGGUAGAUUCUUCAAGUUUAGAUGAAAUCUGCACUUAAUUUGUCUGACUUUUCUGUCUUCCCUUUUUCAGCACCGACGAUGGUUCGUGAGAUCAAUACCAGGUCCGAAAUUCGAGAAACGGAGGCGCGACGGCGCGAGUUGGCUGAGGUUGCUCCCGCGGUGAAGCCUGAGGUGUACGGUUCCGGUGUAGAUGCCAUCUUGAACCGACAGCUCCAGGAACUUGUCGACAAUCACACAUCUUCUGGCCCCGGCGAACUCAAUAAGGGGAUUUUGAUGGAUCCGAAGCCUCGUGAAGCUAUCGACCAGGGAUGGGUCGACGUCGGUAACGCCACGACCGAAGUGUCUCUCAAUACACAAGAUCCAGACCCAGUGAAGCAAGAACCUAUCCCCGUGAACGCUUCAAGAGCAGAAACCGACCUGGACAGAAAACUACACGAAAUCACCGAUGAGAAAUCCUUGAGUGAAACACGGGAUCUUCUCCAACAGGGCGCGAACCCAAGCACGUUAUCCGCUCAAGGAACCCUCCCCCUCUGCGAACACGCCCGACGCGGAAACAUGGACACAGUCAAGUUACUCCUCGACCACAAAGCCGACGUCAACCUAUCCGACGCGAGCGGUCGAACGGCGAUAUCAUACGCCGCGGAAACGACGGACCCGGCAAUGGCUCGCUUGUUGAUGGCGGUCCCGGGUAUAGACGUGAACCUCAAAGACGGGGAGCUUCGGGCGCCGGUGUGGUAUGCCCUCUGCGCGUGGAUCAAGUCUGGUCGGAUCUUUGUGCCUGAUACGGAUACUUUGUUUGUGCUUCUUGAGGAUGCGAGGACUGAGUCUGGUUACAAGUGGUACAAGCGUAGGCGGAAAUGA